UGAGAACCGUAUGCUGUAAUGUGUUCUUACAACUCAAGGAGGAAGGGUGGACAGACCAGCCGAAAACAAGUCGGCAAGUAAGGUGUGAUUUUUAUAUUGACCACACCGGUUACUUGCACAGCACACUAUGGCUAAGAGAGUGGCUAUAAUCGGUGCAGGUUGCAGUGGACUCACAGCCGUCAAGUGUUGCCUGGAUGAAGGUCUGAGCCCCACGUGCUUUGAGAAAAGUGAUGACCUUGGUGGACUAUGGAGGUACACGGAAGCAGUGGAGGAUAGAAGAGCGAGUUUAUAUAACCAUGUGAUAACCAAUACUUCCAAAGAGAUGAUGUGUUAUACAGACUUCCCAAUGCCAGAAGACUUCCCGACAUACCUUCACAAUUCUAAGGUCUUGGAGUACCUAAGACUUUAUGCUGAACAUUUCAGACUCCUGCAGUAUAUCCAGUUUAAGACUGAAGUCUGCGAAGUGACAAAGAGUCCAGCUUACUCCAAGACGGGUCAAUGGGAUGUCACAACAGAGAAGAGUGGUGUAAAGAAGGAGUGUUUUGAUGCCGUUUUGGUCUGCAAUGGCCACCAUGUAGAUCCAUAUCUACCUUUGGAGUCUUUUCCAGGUAUUCAGGAUUUUAAAGGCCGGUACAUCCACAGCCGUUAUUAUAAGAAAUACGAAGAAUAUCGCGGGAAGACCGUAUUGGUGGUUGGAAUUGGAAAUUCAGCGGGGGACAUCGCUGUGGAAAUCAGUGGCGUAGCUAAGCAGGUAUACGUGAGUACCAGACAGGGGACAUGGGUAUUAAGCCGCAUUUCCCAUAAGGGAUUACCCAUAGACAUGUCUCUCUCCACACGCUGCAACUUCUGGAUCAGUAGUUCUUUACCUGCUGGACUUCUACACAAACUGAACGCAAAGCAGAUGAAUGGCUGGUUUGACCAUGCGAAUUAUGGCUUACAACCUGAAGACAUGUCAAAGCUAAAAGAGCCGAUGGUCAAUGACCACUUCCCCAGCCAAAUCCUAUGUGGAGCGAUAAGGAUGAAGCCACAAAUCAGAAGGUUUUCGGAGUCGUCUGUGGUGUUUGAGGAUGGAUCUAUUGUGGACGAAUUGGAUGAAGUUAUAUUCGCAACAGGAUAUAGCGUUUCCUUUCCAUUUCUUGAUGAAUCUAUCGUCACAGUGAAUGAUAACAAUGUCACACUGUACAAGAACGUUUUCCCGCCGCACCAUGAGAAGCCCACCAUGGCAUUCAUUGGUCUUGUCCAACCUCUUGGAUCUAUCCUGUCAACGUCUGAGCUCCAGGUCCGCUGGGCAACCAGAAUAUUCAAAGGGACUGCACAGUUACCUUCUGUGCCUAAAAUGGAAGCCCACUUUAAGAAAACAACAGAACUCAGAAUAAAGUGUUUUGGAAAAGGCAGAAAUCAGACAUUACAGUCGUACUUUAUUGAUUACAUGGAUGAAGUGGCUGUGGAGAUUGGUGUUCGGCCCAACAUCACACGUCUAUUUAUCACAGAUCCUAAAGUAGCUUUGAAGGUCUUCUUCGGCCCGAGUACACCAUACCAGUAUCGUCUGACAGGUCCUGGCAAAUGGAGUGGAGCUAGGAAUGCCAUCCUGACACAGUGGAGCCGAACCAUAAACCCCGCCAGGACCCGCGUAGUUCAGAGAUCGGAAGGAUCUGGAUCCAUGAUGAGACACAUUUUCGUCUUGUGUGGACUGACAACAGCAUUUCUCAUAGGAAUCUAUUGUGUAAAGUGUAAAACAACAAGGCCCGGGGUCUGGAUCUUGGGCCAUUAGACAAACCUAAUGUUCUUUUAAAGAGGUUAUCCAGGAAAAACCUUUUAUUUUU